AUGAACCUGAUCUGGCUGCCCAUCGGCACCGCCAACACGUACGGCUUCCGCUCGACGCACGACGCCUUCAUGACGACGUACAACGGCACGGGCGCCCCCGCCGGCUGGAACUGGUGCCUGUCGUACCUGGCCACGGCCGGCAUCCUGAUCGGCUUCGACGCGUCCGGCCACGUGGCCGAGGAGACGCGCAACGCCUCCGUGUCCGCUGCCCGCGGCAUCUUCUGGAGCACUGUAGUCAGCGGGCUGGGAGGAUUCGUGGUGGUGAUUCUGUUUUUGUUCUGCGUCCCCGACGCCGACACGCUCUUCUCCUUCGGCGGCGCCCAGCCCUUCGUCCCGCUCUACGCCGUCCUCCUCGGCAAGGGCGGCCACAUCGUCAUGAACAUCGUCUGCGUCGUUGCCCUCUGGUUUAACACCGCCAUCGCCAUCAUCGCCGCCUCCCGCCUCGUCUUCGCCGUCGCCCGCGACGGCGUCCUCCCCUUCUCCCCCUGGGUCUCGCGCGUCGACCCCGCCACGGGCCAGCCCAAAAACGCCGUCCUCGUCGUCUGGGGCGUCGCCGCGCUCGUCACCUGCAGCAUCCUGCCGUCGGGCGUCGCCUUCACGUCGCUCGUCUCCGCCGCAGGCGUGCCCUCGGCCGCCGCGUACGGGCUGAUCUGCCUGAGCCGGCUGGUGCUGACGCCGACGACGUUUCCGAAGCCGAAGUGGAGCCUGGGCCGGUGGAGCAAGCCGAUGCAGGUGGUGGGGGUCUUCUGGAAUGGGUGGGUGGUGGCCGUGCUGUUUAGUCCGUACGUGUGGCCGGUGGAGGCGGCGACGCUGAAUUAUGCGCCGGUUAUUAUGGGGAUUGUGACGGUUUUUGGGGUCGUGAGUUGGUGGGUUGUGCCCGCGGAGAAGUGGUUGCCUAGUCAGCGGAUUAGGGAGGUGUUGGAGGCGGAUGAGAGGAGUGGGGAGGGGGUUGGGGCGGGGGCGGAGGGGGAGAGAGAGGAGCGGUGA